AUGUUUAUUAUUAUUCUUGGACGAUGGAUUUUACCUAAAGGAAAUAUUUCUCAUAGUGCUCUGUCUCAAUUAUUACUUGUUUAUUUAUCAUUAGCCUCGGAUAUUCUUGAUUUAUUAACAUUAUUUAAUGAAAAAGAAAUUCAAAUAAGCCCGUCAAUGGUACGUUCAGUUCUUACUGUUUUUUCUCUAUGUAUGCUUCAAUUUGCACUCAAUUUAACGGCAACUCGUGGUCGAUCAUUUCAUGCUGAACUUGGUGUGCCAGAUAUUGAAAUACAUCAAUCAGCACCGUCACAACGGCCAGUAUUACUAUUAUCUCCAAAACCAGCAUCACGUUAUCGACAAAUUUUAUCAAAAAUUUUAUCACGAUCAGAAUCUUCGCCUGCAACUGAACCAUCGGCGCAUAAUCAACCAGUGCAAACGAAACUACGAGCAACAACAGUUAGUCUUCAUCCACCGGAUAUCGUUAUUGAAAAUAUGAAUGCAACAACUACACAAGUAGAAUUCCAAUUAAAACCAAAGAAUUUAAUUGAUUCAUUACCAAAUAAAGAUCGACGAUUAGUAAAUUCUCGACUAUCAGUUGGCUCACUUUAUUCAAUGCAAUCAUUCCAUUGCAAUUCUACACGUACAAAGAGAAUGCCGCGUAGAAUGUCUGUCAAUGAAAGUGUAAAAUAUUUUGUUCAAUCACGACUAUCAAAAUUUAUUGGUUCAGAAAUUUGGUCAAUUCUUGUUACAUUAGCAUUACAAGAUGGUCCUUUUUUUGCAAUUCGUCUCACUGCUAUUAUUGUUUAUCAUGUACGAUCAUUUCUGACAUAUUUCUUUACAUUUAAAAAUUUUCUUAUUCUAAUUUUUCAAACGUAUCGUAUUGCAUCAAUAUGUUUAGAAAAAGAUGAACAGGAACAAGAGUUUAAAGAAAAAAUCAAUACUAUGAAACGUAUGAGUGCAACUGCAUCUCAACUUGGUAUACCACUUCAUAAGAGGAUUUAA